AAUAGUGAGACCGUGUGUAAGUGAGAAGGAAUUCGCUGUUACAAAAACUAAAGUUCAAGACUUUUGUCGUGGCGUUGGUCCAGUUUUACAGAAGAAACUUGAAGAAAGAGCUUCUCAAUCUAAAAACUGGGUAAACUUGAAAUAAAUUAUUAUUGUUGUAUUAAAUGUUGUUGUUUGUGACCAAAAGAGGAGCUGUAUGCAUCAUGCAUCCUUUGACUGUGCGAUAUAAAUACUGAGAUACUAAAUGUUUCAUGAUAUAGAAAAUUUAAUAUUAUCCUACAUUUCAACUUCAUUUCUUACUUAAUACUGCAGUUAGGUCAUUUACCUCAGCUAGGUCUAUUAAGGCCGCAAGCCAGAAAACUUCAAAGAUGUUAUUCAAGAAACACAAACAUGAGUUUGAACGGGGUUUGAACAAAACUAGUUAGAAAUGGCCCAACGACGAAACAGAAACAUCCUCUAUUGGUUAUAAAAAUAUCACAAUUAUAGUUGUGAGGGAUUAAAAUUCUGCACCAGUUGAGUGCUUAGCCAAAACAAACACUUCAUGCCAUUGCCCUACGCAUCAACCGCUUUAGCAGAUGCAUGUAAAACAAUAGCAGCACAAUAUAAUUAUUAAUCGUGAUCCUGCACAAGGUACACAAUAGCCUAGAACAAAAAGAUUUUAGAAAUUUCCUAUAACCAUGUACGUUCAUUCAAGGGCGGAUUUUCAUUUUUUUAAAGGAAAGGUGGGAAAAUUUCUAGUGGGGUGCAAUUAGCGGCAGCACUGAGCGUUACGGUUAAAGAUUGUCAUACAAAAUGACAAAAUAGGAGGGGUGAAGCGAAAUUUUGGUGGGGUUGAACACUUUAUAAGAGGGGUUAGAGAGAUUCUAUAGGGGGGGGUUUAAACCCGCCCCCCCCCCCCCAGGAAAUCCGCCCAUGCCGGUUCAUUAACUAUGGUUAGGUUUUCCUUAUAUACACAGGUGCAUGCAGAGACUUGAGUUCCCUAACAGAAUUUUUAAUAUAAAAGUUUCAAUGUUCAGUAUUUUUGUGUGUAUCUUAUCUACAGUUUAAUAUCCUCCAUAAUCGUCUGGGUUGUGUCACUUUACGUUUUUCUUGGACCGUUUUCCUCUCAAACUUUUCUUCCAUGAUCCUUUAUCUAGAUCAUGUGAAUUUCAUAAAUUUCGCUCAAUCGCAUAAAUACCGCUCGCAUCCUUCCUUUUUUCCAUUCCAAGCCAUGUUACUAUGGAGCAGUAUCUGGUCACAGAGUAGAUAAGACAUACAGAGACGUAACUGACCGUUGUAAACACUGCGGAAGCUUACGUUUUCAUGUACCCACUUUUUUUCAGGCGACCGGGCGAAAAAUGAUCAACUGCGCGGCUCAGUAAGUUUAAAGUGAGUCGUCAUCAGGUGGUCGUCAUCCAAUCAGAUGCAUGCAUCUAGUAACUUGCCGAGCAUGCGCACAAAAAAAGUGGGUACACUAGUUACGUCUCUGUAUGUCUCUACUCUGUGAUCUGGUUCAAAAAUACAAGGCUACUUGUUUCGUAUGAUCAUGGAUAAUAAAAUAAUGGAUAGGAAACUAGCUGACGUAAUCUAAUGUUUUCAAUGGGCUGAUGGCGUGAUUGGAUGUUGAAACCUAGUUGCAAACCAAAUUCUCAAAAACGGCAUGUUUAGCAAUAAUACAGCUAAACAUUUUAGUCAAAGAGCAAAUGAAUAUAACCACGCCAUUCUACGAUGAAAUCUCUAAGUAUUCCCAGUCAAUUUUAGCAAAUAUUUCAAGCACUAAACAGUGAAAAAGGCAUCCCAAAUUUCGUUAAAAUUGGGGACGCCAAUUUCGUAGCUACAAAUGUAAAAAAAUACAAAACAAAGACGAAAAACAUAUACCUUGAAUACUUUGUCGUGGCUUAGGCAUGUUUUUAAAACAAUUAGACCAGUAUAUGCUUCAAUAUUACUCUUUUAAAGCGGAAAGUAUAGCGAAACAACAAAAAUGCCGAGAACUUUGCAAUCUAGAGUCCUAUCCAUUUAUUUUAUCACAGAAUAGAUACAGGACCAGAAGUGUCACUCAGACGAUAUUUUGUCCGAAAUUUUAAGAGUGCUGACGUGAAAAUACGCCAUCAUAUGACGCCAUCUUGGAGUGCACACGGACGUUUUUCAUAGGCAAACAUAGGUACAAAGUGCCGGGUGCACUCCAGGAUGGCGUCAUAGCACGCAAAAAAAAUUCGGACGUUUUCCUUCAGCCAAAACAAAUAGGAGUGACACUUCUGGCCCGGUAUCUAUUCUGUGAUUUUAUUAUCCAUGGUAUGAUGUUGCGACAUGACGACACGUCCUUGUGGCCAAUGCAUAAUAGUGUGCAUGCAUGUAUUACGGAUCUCACCGAACUGUGGCAUUGCAUCAAAAAUUCGUAUCGCCGCCACUCCUACAAACGUCUACGACCGCACCUACAUAUUAUUUUUGCAUGUUUUAAACAUUCAAAUUUUAAACAGCCAAUCCGGUUCUUGGCCGGUAACAACAUGGAUUGUAAAAUAAUUGGAUAGGAAACUUCCUGACGUCAUUGACUCAUCCUUGUUGAAAAACGUCACGCGUAUUGCGAAUACGAGGGUCUUAAUGGGGGUCUUUGGGUGUCUGUUGUCAGCUAAAAUUUAAGCCAGCUGUCAGUGCGAUAUAUUGCAAGCUGUCAGUAGUCAGUUACUGCAAAAAAGCUGACGCAUAAUUUUUUCAUCAUUUCUCAGUUGUCAGUUAGGAUAUUUUGUCAGUUGUCAGUCAAAAAUUCAGGUAAAUGUAAGUAGUCAGUUAACCCCAUUCAGACCCUCGAAUAGUACCAAAGUUCUCGGCAUUUUUGUUGUUUUGCUAUAUUUUCCACUUUAAAAGGGUGAUAUUCAAGCAUAAACUGGUCUAAUUGUUUUAAAAACAUGCCUAAGCCACGACAAAGUAUUCAAGGUAAAUGUUUUUCGUCUUCGUUUUGUAUUUUUUACAUUUGUACCUACGAAAUUGGCGUCACAAAUUUUAACGAAAUUUGCGAUGUAUUUUUCACUGUUUAGUGCUUGAAAUAUUUGCUAAAAUUGACUGGGAAUACUUAGAGUUUUCAUCGUAGAAUGGCGUGGUUAUAUUUAUUUGCUCUUAGACUAAAAUGUUAGCUGUAUUAUUGCUAAACAUGCCGUUUUUGAGAAUUUGGUUUGUAACUGGGUUUGAACAUCCAACCACGCCAUCAGCCCAUUGAAAACAUUGGGUCACGUCAGCACAGAAUAAGAAGGUACAGCAGAAGUGUAACUCAAGCAAGUAUUUGUCCGCGUUUUUAUAAGCGAUUCGUCAUCAAUCACGCCAUCCUGGCUAGUACAACCGGCACUUUGUACCUACCAAAACCUGAUAAAAACUUCCGGUUGUACUAGCCAGGAUAGCGUGAGCAAGUUAAAAUUUUCGUGGACGUAAAACAAUAAAGGAACCGACUCAAGUUACACUUCUGCUGUACCUUCUUAUUCUGUGACGUCAGCUAGUUUCCUAUCCAUUUAUUUUAUUAUCCAUGGUAACAACUGUUUAAAAUUAGAAUUGUAAACACGAAUUUUCGAUGCGAUUCCACAGUUCGGUUAGCCUACGGUGUAGACCGCAGCAGAAACACGUUUCGUGAAACGUGUUUCUGCUGGGGUCUACACCGUAGGCUACAGUUCGGUGAGAUCCGUAAUAACACUCUCUAUAGCAACUCUAUUAAUAGCAAUAUUUAACAGACAAAGUGUGCCACACUAUAUGUAAAGCUGUAUAACGGUGUGUAACUACAGUAUGUGAACUUUCUAAUAGUGCAACACUAUUUGACAAUAUGUUGUGUUACUGUCAUUGAUACUGUAACGGCCUGUACGCAUGUAAUAUAGCGUGAUAAAUUUAGCGUGAUAUAAACAAGGGUGGGUUGACUACAAAAUAUUUGUAGUUCGCUAUAACUACAGCUACUUCAAAAAUCUGUGGUCAGCUACAACUACUGCUACUUUUGAACAAAGGUAGUUCGCUACUGACUACAGCUACUGCUUAAAAAAUGUAGCGAACUAUAUAUUUUUAGUUUUACUGUAUUUGGAGCAUCUACUAACUCAGGCUGGAAUGUAACCUAUAACAAAUCGAUUUACGAGUAACAACAGUAAAUACAAAGCAACAUUUUUGAAAGCACUACAGUGUUCAGGCGUGCAAAUUGACUAUUGAGUAUUGAUUUUAAGCAAACCGUGUCUCAAUAUCAUUCUAUUCUAUCAAGUUACUAACAAUUUUAAAAAGUAGCGAAUAGCGAUUCGCUGUUUGAAAAGUAGUCAACUUCUUGGUUACUUUUAGGCAAAAUGUAGUUUGCUAUAACUACAGCUACUGUUUUAAAAAAGUAGUCAAAAACUACUGGCUACUUGAAAAUUGUAGUUCGCUACAGUAGCGAACUACAACUACUUCGCUACUACCCACCCUUGGAUAUAAAGCGAACUAAUUUUUCAUCUCUUUAAUAUUUGCUUACAGCUUGAGAAAUGGUGGGAGGAGGUUGGAUAUUUAAAAUCACGAUAUCCUAUUGCACCGUUCAUAAACGUGUCAGGUCCAGUAUUACUGUAUGAAGAUAUCUGGCCAGCUCUUGAGGGGACACAGAUCAACCGAACUGCAAUCAUGUUAUAUUAUCUUUUAAACGAAUGGAAACUACUGUAUAGGUAUUUAUUUGUAAUUUAUAUAUGAAUGAAAAAUAGAGAAUAGACGAUAACUUUCGAAAGAGAAAAAUAACAUUAUUUUUUUAUUGAUCGGUUGGCAAACUUCAAAGCGUCUAUAAUGAGCUAUGGUUUUAUGUUGAUACGGCUUCACCGUGAGCAAGUCUUUCGAAAUUUUGCUUACUUUAUUUGUGUUUAAAUUGCAAGAUAUUAGAAUUCACGCAGAUUUACAGUAAAGCCCCGCAUAUAGAACAAGUGAAUUUUAACUUCAGGCUUCAUGUAGUAUUUAAGGAGUAUAGCACGAACCCUGGCCAGGGCUAAGUAGUAAGUAGCUAUACUUUCCGGAUGCACGAAGCGUGCAUAAUAAAUGUAAUAAAUCCGCGCGAAAAGAUUUGCUUGGCACAGUGGCACACUGAAAGGUAGAUAAAAAUUGGAAAUAAUCCUAUAUGACAAUAUAUGCAUAUAAGAUUUGUUGUAGCAGCUGCAUAAAAAAACUCCCCGGCUUGUCUGUCUGUUAAGAUUUUUCGGUUCAGGUGGAUGGAAAAUUUUGAUAAAAUGGUAUCAAAUUAAUCAAAAUAUCAUUUUAAAACGUAUGUGAUUUUCUAGUUUUAUACUAUAGGUUGCACCAUUUGAAGGUGCGUGAAAUUAAAACUGCGUAAAAUUUAAAUACAGUUAAAGACACGAGAUUGUGUCAUUGACAUUGGAUGGUUGCUUCAUUAUGCCAAUAAUACAUUGUCUUCACUGUUCACAAGUUUGCAUAUAGAUAUAGACAAAAUAGAACAAAGACUUUCGCAGAGUUUCCAAACUAUGAUCCAUACAUGCAUACAACACAAAGUUAUCAGCCAUUGGCAUCAUUGAUGUAGUCCUAAAAUUUUAACAAUAGGGCUUAUCUAAUUCUAGGCCUUGAGGUAUGAACUACUACAAUUUUUUAAAGCACGAACAUACAAUCACUAUACAACUAGCCUCCUUAGUCAGAAUAGUAGAAUACCAUCCCGAUUCCUGGAUGUAAGGAAAAAUAGCAUUACUGGUAUGACCUGAAAAUAGAAUAUAGAAAUAAAUCGGAACAGUUAGUAGCUGUGCUUUAAUUGAAGAAUAAUGCCUGAUCUUAUCAAAUUAGUACAAAAAUAUUUUCUGUGUUGGUGUAAUGUACUGAAUAUGAUGAAAAAUAUGCCUGUAUUGCUGUAAUCAUUAAUUUUUUUGUGUGAAUUUUUUCUCAGUUGACAGAGGGUUGGGCUAGUACCAGGCAUUUUUCAGGCUUGCCCGGUGUGGAUAUACACUCAGAGUAACAUCACAAGCAUCAUAUUCGCUUGAGUACAUUACACCAACACAGAAAAAAAUCAUGAUUACUAGAUUACAUCGAUAUCGAAGGAACUAGGCUCAGUUCCGAAAUAUCACAUCCUCGAACCGACCUGACGGCGUAGUUCAGUUGACAGAGCAUUGGGCUAGUAUUCCAAAGGUCAUAGGUUCGAUUCCCACUGUGGCCAGGCAUAUUUUUCAAGCUUACCCGGUGUGGAUAUACACCGGCUCACAGUAACAUCACAAGCAUAAUACAAAAAUGUUGUAUUUUAAUUAGAGACUAUUUCAGUCUUGCAAAAAAUCCUAGAUCCCUGCAUACACGGUUCAUUUAUGGUCAGGAAAAGAUCGUUUGAAUGAACUUUAUACUGUCAUUCAAACAAAGCUAAUUCAACUUUGAAAUGUCAUUUUGGAUGUUUGGAUUAAACGAAUUAUCCCAGUUAACCAGACUAGUCCGGCUCCAUACCAACAGCCCCUUAGAUGUCUAUAAAUUCAGAACACUAAAUAUUUAAACUUACUAUAAUGCUACUUGUUUUCUCCCCACAGGCAAGAAUUUCCAGUGGAUGGAAAAGAUGGCACUCCACUAAGUAUGUCUCAGUAUUAUAAUUUAAUGUCUUGGUGUCGAAUACCUAAGCUUAAUAUUGAUCAUUACAUUGGUGGAAUAGAACCAGGUAAUUUAUUCGGAAAACGAACCAGGUCAAAUCUAUUAGGAACUCCUUAAUAAUAUACAUUUGAAUCAUUCAUUAUCGUUCAUGAAAAAUUCAGAAUGAGCUUUUGCAGAUAAUCAUUUUAUACUGAACUGGGUCAUGCACGAUUAAUUGAUCACAUGGUUUUUAACUGCAUGCCUCUCAAAUGACAACAUUACAGUUUUCUUAAAUGCAAUUUUCAAUAUAUAUUAUGCAUAGCGGUUCCAGACGGCGGAACCUGGGGGAGAGGACAAGGGGGUUAAAGGCCCCCCAUCUUUCAAGAAGUAGAAAAAAGGGAGACUAAGCCCUACUAAAGAUAAGUUAUUAUAUAUUAAAUAUCCAUAAUUCCUCGUUAUGUGGCUUGAAACAGUUGUUAUUGGUGGUUAAGGUAAUGAAACGUCGAGGUUUCUGCGUUUCAAAUUUUCCUCAUGCAGAACGAAGAAAAUGGCAUUUCAGAUAGAUUUGAAUUAAGAAUUUCCCAGACGCAUGCCUCUGGACCCACUUGGAGUUUGUUACCCCCCCCCCCCACCUCCCUCCCCCGCCCGCCAAGCAAACCAAUCUUCAUGCACGCUGCUGAAGGAAUCAUGGUGUUAAAGUUUUGAAUUAUUUUGUCUAUUUUGUCUGUAGCACCAGGGCCAACAGCCAGGUAUAUAACUGUUAUAACUCGAGGAAGAGUUUAUAAAUGCGAAGUUUUAAAAUCUGAUUUGGAGCCAAUAGGUAUACCGGAGAUUAAAGCGUAAGUUAAAGUAACUUUGUGUAUUUUAUUCAGGUUUUUCUUAAAAUUCUUCCUUUCUACAUACAGGGAGGAUGGUUAGAUAUCUUUUAACAUUUUGAGGAGGAGCUAUACAACACGACUUUACAAAUCCAAUUUAAAGCCAAAAUGCCCCUCUUGCAAUUAUUACACAAUGGAGAGUAAUAAACAGACAUCCAUCCACUUCCGUCGUAACGUAACGUAGCCUUUUAUUUUGUGUGAAAGCCAUUGAUUCUGCCGUAGUGCUGAGGUAACAAAGAAAAGCCUUACUGUACGUUUCAGUAGCAAGCGUGAAAAUAUAUCUCCAACGGUGCGUGACAAAGUGUCAGGUACCAACUGAUUGGUGCCUGACACCAUAGCUGACACUGGACAUUUUGUGCCUAACAAAAAAUAUUAACGCAAUAGAGCAAAUAUAGUUUUUCGUGGUCCUUGAAAUAAAAGAAGCCAAUGAAAAGCUUAGUAACAAUAACUAAGCCACUAGUCAAUUAUAUCAUACGGAAUCGAACAAUCAUAAAUUUCACAGCAUUUUCACAGGCGUAUUGUCUUAACAUUCAUACGCGAUGAAAUUUGGACAUAUACACAUAAUUUUUAAAUGUGGAAUGCAAAUAUUUUGAAAUAUUAUAAUGAAAAUUUUAAUGCCAGUUGUAGUCAGUUUCACCAAUAUAGUUGUAUUAAUAUGCUGCCGGACAAACUGUCCGGCAAAAAAAAACACAGUUGUGCCGGACAAUUACCUUUUCGUACCGGACAAUGCCCGGACCGGCCGCUUAUUUUCAGGCUUGUUCAGUAAGGUACAGUUGGGAUAGAAAACAGGGGAUGGCACUUACUGGACCUCGAUCCAGGGGAACAGUUUAGAAUUGAUAGAGCUAUUCAGUACAUGUUAAGCAUCGGUAAAGUUUAGUUUAAUGUUGCUGUUGGUUGGAAUUUUUUCAGUCCAGACUACAGGCUAUAACAUUACUGCCUUUUCACAAAUGAGAUGUCAUAAGGGCACUGAAAAUAUUUAUACCAUUGUAUUUAGCCAACUGAGGUCUAUCGUAGAUGAUGCAGCUCAAAAACCAUUUGGACCAGGCGUGGGAAGUCUCACAAGUGAAAACAGAGAUACCUGGGCAAAGGUACAUAUAUUUCAUUAUUUGUCAGCCUCCCCACAGGCAACACAAUGGCCAAAGGCAGAAUUACGCAAUACUUAAUAGAGAAAUGAUGAGGAUAACAAGGGAUCAUUGUGGAUUAUUGUGCAGCAGUGACGAAUGUUGCCACCUCCCACUCACCACCCAUAAUUCAUUCCUUUACCUUGUAUUUCCUAUAUAUGCAUGUAUCUUUUUAACUACUUUAUAAACUAACAGGACUGAGAGAUUUCCUCCUUUCAGACGAAAAAUGAAUAUUUUUCAAAUUUCGAGACCGCUUCAAUGGAAUGUAAAAAGUAACCCAUCGUUAGAAUGCUGAAUUACUAAACUUUAAAAAUUACGGAAUUUGACAUUUGAAUCCAGAACUCGUUUUUAGUGUAAAGUUUCUUCGAAAUUUUACAGUAUUGUGAUGAGAAUCAUAGUUUUAAAUAAGUUUAGUGGGAAUGCUUUUAGCGACAGCUCCCAAUGCAAAUGAAGUUUUAGAAUAAGCAAAAUUUGGUUGUUGGUGAAACAAUAUAAAUUUCGAGUUGUCGCGUGUGGCAUCACAAUAAAUAAAUAAAUUGUAUCAGUUCCACAAGGCUACUCAUGUGCCGAACGCAUUAAAAACAAUAGAUAAUGAGAUGAAAUGCCUAUGAUAACUGUUUAUUUCGUGGUGUGAUCCACAUUUUUGAAUAACCUAUGGCUGCUCUAACCUAUGCUUGCUCUUACUGUUCUAGGUUGUCGACGACCCUAUAUAGUUCUUGCAGUGUCUUUUUCAGUUUGAAACUUUACACUAUUCUUGGAUCCCUAGUUUUUAUACAUCCUGUAUAACAAAUGCCUGAAUAUACAGUAGUGCAUGCCUUGUCCAGACUUUGGCAGUUGGCCCAAAUUUGGUUUACACUGAUUGACUGAUUACACUAACCAAUUAGUGAAGCAUAAACCUGAUCAAGGCCAGGCCUAGGCUUGUAGGCUAAACACCACUUAAAUAUGAUUGUCUUCAAUAGUACUCUAUUAUUUUUUCACAGGAGAGAGAUCAUCUUAUUUUAAGCAAUCCAUACCACUGGGAAAUUUUGAGAACAAUUGAAAGUAGCCUUAUCACUAUUGUUUUAGAAGAUAACAGUCCUUCCUGUCUUGAUGAGGUUAGCUUGGUAUAUUUUCUGUACAUUGCGUAUACAGCACUGACCUAUAUGUAAAUAUGCCUGGACUGAUUGCUUAAUCUAUACUUUUACUUGAGCUCGAUUUCUGCCAACUGCUCACGUCAUAUAUGUCUUUGCUUUUAUGUGAAAAUUCACUGACCAAGAUUUCGUCAACCAAUAUAAAAAACAAAUAAACAUAACAAAUACCAAAACAACAAAGAAUGGAAAAAAAUAUUUAAAAACUUCUCUUGAUUUUCAUAUAGCUCGCCAAAAACAGUAGUUAUUAAUAUGUCUGUUUGGUUUUUUCAUCGAUUUGAGGCCCUUUUGACAUUAUCAUGCAACAACGCAGACAUUUUGAUAGCAUGUUCACCUUUGGUGCAUGAAUAUAUUUCUCUUUGUUCUUGACUCCUGCGCCCCUGUCACCACCCUGCUUCUAUUCUAUGUGAAACGUGAGAAUAUAUAACCUCCAUUUUGACCUCAAGCACUCAGUCCAGGUAAACAUAGUGCCUGGUAUAUAUGGUAUUUUUGUAGUAUUUGUUAGUCAUUUUGUAUUGUUGUUCGUUUUUGUGGGAAAUACCAUGUUUUUUAUCUAUAUAAAACAAUUAUUUUGAUUGCCAUCCAAACUUACAUUUACAGUGGCGGGCACUUCGCGAAAUAUUGGGGGGAUGGGUGAAUUUAGGUUGCCACCAUAUGAUCAACAGCCCUUCGUUACUGGAAAUCAAUAUAGUUCUUUAAACUUUUUUGCCUUAAAUUGCAUGCAAUACAUAUAGCUUAUCCUAUACGAUACUUUCAUAGGGGAAGGGGGCCGGUUGUCCCCAUGCCCCCCCCCCCUAGCGUCCGCCACUUCACUGUUUGUGUUAAAUUGUUCAAUUAGGGUGAUCAUAUUAAACAGGGUUGUUAAUUUCUGUUUCCAAUUAUAUUUUCGCCUAUUUUAAAGUUGUUUGUGAAACUCGCCUUUCAAAGCUCGGGGAAAAUUCCGGAGUCUCGCGAGGGCCUUGAACCUGUAAAUAUUUGUAUAGUAUAGUUUAUAUAUAUAUAAUAUAUGGCAUAUAUAAUAUUUUUUACAGCUUCAACUGUCGCUCAAUUGUGGCAACUGUAAGAACAGAUGGUUUGACAAAUCUUUUCAAUUGAUUAUUUUCAAAAAUGGUUUAAUGGGAACGAAUCUUGAAGUAAGAAACUAAAAUAUUCAGUGGUUUAUACGUCUUAUACAGUAUAUAUAGCCCGCCCCAUAUAUGUCGUCACAUUGGAAA